GAAAGAAACGGCUAGAAAACACUUCCGGGUGUGUUCUUCUCUUCUUCCUCUCUUUAUCUCACUUUAACUCUCUUUAUCUCACUUUAACCCGCUUUAACCUGCUUUAAAGCUUUAACUAGUCCCUUAAUGAACUGAGUCUGGUUCAGUUUGUCACGUUAUAACAUGAGGAUUUAACAGAGAAGAAGACAAAGUGACGGAUAGAAGAAAGAAAGAAGCAGAAGUUUGUUUUUAACACCGUGAAGGAGGAAGUAGAAGAAGAGUGAGAAGAUGGAGGAGGCGGAGCAGAGAGGAGGCGUAAAAAUGGCGUCCGGCGGCGUCACAGAGGAGGAGACGCCACCGACGGACGCAAACAGUAACUGCAACCACGCCGACAACAGUGUCACUUCCUGUCCAGCUGAUGCCACGCCAGAGGUUGCCAUGGAAACGGGGCAGAACAAAGACCUCCCAGUGACACAACAGAAACUAGGACCUGUGGUUGUUCAAGGCAACAACAAGAACCCAGCCGCUGAGAAGCUGGAGAAAGUCCGCAAGUGGAGCAUCACCACCUACAAGUGCACCCGCCAGGCUCUGUCAGAGAAGCUCGGUCGUGGAUCUCGUACGGUGGACCUGGACCUGGAGCCGCGCCUCGAGCUGCUCAAAGACGACCGCCAACGCUACGACAAUGUGACCAAGCUGGCUCAGACGCUGGCCAAUCAGCUCGCUCAGCUCACGGUUACCCAGAAGAGCCUGGGGGACGCCUUCGCCGAGCUCAGCCUCAAGACACCGACACUGCAUGUGGAGUUUGGUGUGAACGCAGAGGCUCAGAAGUUCCUGUCAAAGAGCGGCGAGACGCUGAUGGCGGCCAUUAACACCUUCACAACCGACAUGAACACUCUAGUCAACAAAACCAUCGAGGACACCAUGCUCAACGCCAAGAAGUACGAGGCCUCCAGGAUCGAGUACGAUGCGUACCGAGUGGACCUGGAAGAGCUGAACCUGGGACCCCGGGACGCCAUCACUCUGCCCAAACUGGAGCUGGCCCAGAAGGACUUCCAGAGCCAGAAGGAGCGGUACCAUAAGACCAGACACGACCUGUCUGUCAAAGUCAAGCUGCUGCAGGAGAACAAGGUCAAAGUCCUUCAUAACCAGUUGUGGCUGCUCCACAGCGCCGUCGCUGCUCACAGUUUAUCGUGUCAAAGCUUCCUGGAGCAAAACAUCCGUCAGGCCGCCGAACACCUCAGCAACCCCAACAUGGACGCCCCCUCCUGGCUGGAGGAGAGUUGACACAACACGGCAGGUGGAUGGAUGUUCGGUUUGGAAGGAUGUUUAGGGGUUAAUGGACUAGAAAUGCUCAGAUGAAUGUGAAUUUUGGGAGUUAGGUGGGUAGUUUAUUUAUACCAGAGUAGAAUUAAAGUUGUGGGUUUAGGAUGGAAAGCUCUGGAAAACAGAGCGAGUUGGAUAGUUGAGAGGGAAAUGAAUUAUUUUAGAUGUUGAAUGGGCUCCUGCAGGUCUGGAAAGGCUUAGAAAAGGUGGAAUUUCAUCACUUUCUAGGUCUGAAAUUAUAUUUAGGACAAGAAUUCUCUCUCUUUCUAUACUACACAUACAUUCACAGACGUAUAGUACUUGUGACUUCUGACCUGUUUAACAGAGACAAACACAUAUACAGCCCUCCUAGUUUUCUUUCCUCUUUCUCAGUGUGUUGGGGAGUAAAUCCAUAAUCCUCUGUGAGGCACUAAGCCUUUCUUUGAACUUUAAAAAUCCUCAGCCACUGCAGUCAGAAACUCACAGCGACUAAAAGUGCCUCAACACCACUGCUGGAAAACAGCUUCUAUUUUCCACAGGGGCUGGUAUGAUCCACAACUCUGCACCAGCUGGCUUCCUAUAACCUAAAUACCUGGACUCUUAUUGAAUCUUUUGUCUCUUCUAACCAUCUUUUGGUUGAAAAGGCAAACGUUGCAAACGGCAGAUCAUAUGUAGCUGUAGCUAAUUAACGUUAAUGCCAGACGUUGUUUGCUAAAAGCUCAUUCUGUUUUCUGGUUAAUGUGUUCUCUGCAAGCCGAUGUUCUUGGCCAAAGAUUACUUGUCUGUGCCUUCUCGAGCCAACAAAAAGUACACAUCUCAUCACCUAAAGCCAAAUUAAUUUGAUAAAGGAUUCAAAUUUGAUCCUCCUCUGGUUUACUCAGAAGGAAUCUCAGCAGCCUCUUGAGACCAAUAUGUUGCGACAAACCAAAAAAUGACGCUACACGUCGACGAUGCGACCUUGUUCGUUGGUGUAGAGAGGUUGGUCGCAGCCAAUCUUUCUGGCAACGUUUCAUCCGUAAACCAAAGUUUUUGUGUUAAUUUAUUGUCUGUCCCAUGAAGAUUUGGACGCUAGAUCGAUCGCCAUCUGUUAGCUUAACUUACCAGCCCACAGAUUUAGUUUCAGCAGCACUUGUCUGGUUGGCUGCUGGUUAUUUCGUCCUCUAGUUUACUUGACAAAAAGCUCAGCAGCCUGUUAAGUAAGUAAUAAUUUUCUACGAACCAAAAAAUGUCAUUAUACGUCGAUGAUGAUGCCUUGUUCUUAGUUAAAGACAGGUUGGUUGUAGUUAAACUUUCAGGCAACGUUUCAUCCAUAAACCAAAGUUUUAGUAUUUAUUUACGGUCUGACUUGUGAAAAUUUGGAUGGUUGAUUGAUGGCCAUCUGUUAGCUUAACUUACCAACCACAGAUUUAGUUUCAUCAGCACUUGUCUGAU